AAAUGAUACCUUCAGACAACGAGGAAUAAUUUUCUCCGUAUUCUCAGUUGAAUAUUAUAUUUAUAUUAAAGACAUAAACUUAAGAGUAUCCACUUUGAUGAAAAACCAAAAGAUUUAUCCAAAAAAUAUGCUGUCAUCGAUCAAUCAAAGAGAGUUUUAUUGUUGAAACGGAUUCUAUCAAGAGAAGCAACGAUCAAAGAAGCCGCUAAAGAGUUCGGUGUGAAUUUUAGUACAGCCAAAGCAAUUUUAUCAACAUAUAGAAAAGAAGGGAGAAUAGGAAAGAAGAAGACAAGAGAGAAGCAAAAAAAAGAGAAAGAACGAAAAUAAUAUAGUCUUAGCAAUGAGCGAAAGGUUUAAUCCAUGUAUGAUUUGGAAAGAGACUUAUCACAUAAAAAAAGAAGUUUUUCUCCUGAUAUAAAAGUAUACAUUAACUAAUUAUAAAUCACUAGCCAAUUGAUUAACAUAUAACAAACAGUCUAUUACAUCAACAUUAGUUAUUGAUUACAAAAACUACUCAAAAUAUUAUAUCUACUCAUAGUUUAGAAGAAAAGAAUGUUUCUAUUGCACUUGCUAAUUGUCAAAGGGAAUUAGAAAAAUAAAAACUCCUUAAUUUGCAACUAGUCAUGAUGAUUUCUGUAACACAAUUGAUAUUUAUAAAUAGUCUCUUUAACAGAAGAUAUUGUAGUACUAAAUGCCCCUAAUCAAGGAAGAACUAAGUUGA